AUGGUGGAAUUGACGGAUGUAAGUUUACUUCAAUCUGGGGAUAUUUCAUCCAGGGCGAGUAUAUGUCAAGGGUUCUUUACGGCCAUUCUAACGACAUAUCUAGGCAUCAAAUAUGAGGACCUUGCGUAUGGGGUGAAGAACGGGUUUGCUGUAGUCGGUUCGAAUAAUGGACACAAUGGUUGUUCUCUCGGUGGAAGGCAGGGGUUUCAGUCAGCAGUGAAGUUCCCUGAAGACUUCGAUGGUAUUGUUGCCGGAGCUCCAGGUUUAGACUUCAACAAUCUGGUUUCGUGGAGAGCUAGCUUCUUCCCGUUGACCGGCAGUGUAGAGUCACCGGAUUUCAUCACCGCAAGAGCUUGGAAAACAUUUAUCCACAGGGAGGUACUGCGACAAUGUGAUGGUAUUGACGGGGUGAUGGACGGGAUCAUUGAAGACCCAUCACUCUGCCACUUUGAUGCUGAUGCACUCCUAUGCAAACCAGGAGAAGAAACAGAUUGCUUGAGCCAAGUCCAAGUUGAUAUUGUGCGGAAGAUAUUUUCUCCACUCAUGGGCGAGGAUGGUGAAUUGAUAUAUCCAGCAAUGCAGCCGGGCAGCGAAGAGCUAGCCACCACAAAGCUGUACGCCGGGAAACCAUUCAGCUAUUCCGAUGAAUGGUUCAAAUAUGUCAUUUACAAUCCGUCAUGGAACGCAUCGACGUUCACCGUACAUGAUGCCGCGGUUGCAGAAGCCCGGAACCCGGGAGGUAUUAAAACAUGGCCGAACUUCGGUGACCUAGCCGAGUACAGAGCCCAGAACGGCAAGAUUAUCGUGUACCAUGGCAGACAGGAUAACCAGAUAACCAGCUUCAACACCGAACGAUACUAUAAUUAUCUGUUGCAGUCUGACGGUGCCGGCAGUGCUGGGCAACUCGAUCGUUUUCUCCGCUUCUUUCGCAUAUCGGGCAUGUUUCAUUGCAGUGGAGGACCGGGUGCAUGGGUUCUAGGUCAGGGGGGCGGAGCUGCUUCAGAAGGCAUCGAAUUCAAAGGGGAGACCAAUGUCCUUGCUGCUCUUGUUGAUUGGGUUGAGAAGGAUGUUGCACCGGAUACUAUUGAGGGUGUCAAAUUUGUGGACGACGAGAUCACAUCUGGCGUUUCACUACGCCGAAAGCACUGCAGGUUGGUUUUCUCUCAUCUUCUUCCAUUAAGGGUAUAUACUGAUAGGUGGUGA